GUUGUUGUAAUCUCGCGACACCUACGUCGGAGGAAGUGACGGCAAGCGGGAGUUCCUGAGGGGCUCCCCCCCCCACCUCGGUCAAUCGCUGCUAGUCCACAGAGCUCCAGCCUUUUCCCGCCCGAGGAGCUGCUGCUGCCUGGGCCUCCCUCUGCCCCUCCCCCCCGUCUCCCCGUUCCCCUCUUCCCCGGGAUGAACAUGGCGUCUGCCCUGGAGCAGUUCGUGAACAGCGUCCGGCAGCUCUCCGCUCAAGGGCAAAUGACUCAACUUUGUGAAUUGAUAAACAAAAGCGGAGAACUUCUAGCAAAAAAUUUGUCCCAUCUGGAUACAGUGCUUGGUGCUUUGGAUGUACAAGAGCAUUCCUUGGGGGUCCUUGCAGUUCUGUUUGUGAAGUUUUCUAUGCCCAGUGUACCUGACUUCGAAACAUUAUUCUCACAGGUUCAGCUUUUUAUCAGCACUUGUAAUGGGGAACAUAUUAGAUAUGCAACAGACACUUUUGCUGGUCUUUGCCACCAGUUAACAAACGCUCUCGUGGAAAGAAAACAGCCCCUGCGAGGAAUUGGUAUCCUCAGACAAGCCAUAGACAAGAUGCAGAUGAAUACAAACCAGCUGACCUCAAUACAUGCAGAUCUCUGCCAGCUUUGUUUGUUGGCAAAAUGCUUUAAGCCUGCCCUCCCCUAUCUGGAUGUGGACAUGAUGGACAUUUGUAAGGAGAAUGGGGCUUAUGAUGCAAAGCACUUUCUAUGUUACUACUACUAUGGUGGAAUGAUCUACACAGGGCUAAAGAACUUUGAAAGAGCGCUCUACUUUUAUGAACAGGCCAUAACUACUCCUGCCAUGGCAGUCAGUCAUAUUAUGUUGGAAUCUUAUAAGAAGUAUAUUCUAGUUUCUUUGAUAUUACUGGGCAAAGUUCAACAGCUGCCAAAAUACACUUCUCAGAUUGUUGGUAGAUUCAUUAAGCCCCUUAGCAAUGCUUACCAUGAAUUAGCACAAGUUUAUUCAACCAAUAAUCCAUCAGAACUCCGAAAUCUGGUAAACAAACAUAGUGAAACUUUCACUAGAGAUAACAAUAUGGGGCUGGUUAAGCAGUGUUUGUCCUCUCUUUAUAAGAAGAACAUUCAAAGGCUAACAAAGACGUUUUUAACAUUGUCAUUACAAGAUAUGGCAAGUCGUGUACAGUUGUCAGGACCUCAGGAGGCAGAAAAGUAUGUCCUUCACAUGAUAGAAGAUGGUGAAAUUUUUGCAAGUAUUAAUCAAAAGGAUGGUAUGGUCAGUUUCCAUGAUAAUCCUGAAAAAUAUAACAAUCCAGCUAUGCUUCAUAACAUUGAUCAAGAGAUGCUGAAAUGUAUAGAGCUUGAUGAGCGGCUCAAGGCUAUGGAUCAAGAAAUCACAGUGAAUCCUCAGUUUGUGCAAAAGAGUAUGGGCUCACAAGAAGAUGAUUCAGGAAGCAAGCCAUCCAGUUAUUCUUGAAAUUAACGUUUUCUGUGCUUUAAACUGAAAGAACCACCACUUUGGCCAUUGGAAAAUGUGAGAAUGGCAGGGAGGACUGAGACUGUUUUAUCUGGACAUUAAGAAAUUAAAUUUUGUUUUGACAUCUUCAGUCCUAUAUACUUUCAAAAGUUUUCUCUCUGCAAAGAAAGGAAAAGAUCUCAAACUUUUAAAGUCUCUUGUGGAUUUAUUUAUCUUCAGAUUAACAUCGUUAAUGCAUUAAAUAAUCUACCUUUUUGUUUUAAAUGGCUUGAAUGUUGCUGUGUUCCUGUAGCACUUUUUUUCCCCUACUGGAAACAAUUUUCUUCUGUGAAAAACAGGGACAUAAAAGUAUUAGUAAUUAUUUGAAAACUUUUUUGGCUCCUCAAAGUCAAUGAUAGUUUGGUUUUACACAAAAGCGGGGAGAGAGGAAAAUGGGGUUUACUUGAAAGGCAAAAGCUAUUUAAGACUUUAUGGACUUUGUAGACUUGGACAUUGCCUACUAGAUUUGGCAAAAUUAAUUUUAAUUUUCAGUUUUCAGAGGAACCAAAAUAUUUACACAGUCUGCUGGUACUGGUAUAGAAUUGAGAAUGAAAGGGAUGCUAUCAAAAUUUUUAAGCACUUUCCAAAAAAAUGGUGCAUGCAAUACCCUUUUGUAGUCUUGAACAUAGCUUUUAUUUUUUCCUCUGCCCAUUUCAGUUUCUUGGUUUGGUGAUGCACCUGAUUUGUUUUCUGCUCUUACUCCUUGUUAGAAGCAUUUUCAAUUAAGUUGCAAUUAGUAUGAUUUUGUUUUGAUUACUCAGUGAAUCUCAUUCACAGAGUUCUGAGAUUAAUUUGGCUAUCAGUUUCUCUGAGUUCACCCUAUAACGUUGCAGGGCCUAUAUAAAUUAUAACUUUUGAAUUUUGCUAUAAUGAAAAGUUUCAGAUAAAAAAACAUCAAGAUUGGUUUGGUCUCAGACUAAAAGAUGUAUGUUUUUUCUAACAACAUUCAGUUUUUUAAAAUGUUGACAUGCUUUCGUGUGCCUUUUUUAGUGUAGGGUGUUAGCAAAUCAGGUUUUCAUUAUUUAAAACUCAUGAGCCUCAUUGUCAUUACCCAUAUUAUGGACUAAAUGUAGGUCAUUACUUUCAAUGAAGGAUUUUGUAAAGCAACAUAGCCCUUUUUUAGUACUUCUCAUCUCUACUUUUGCUUCAUUGUUUUUUAACCAGGUUGUGCUUUUGUGCUCCUUUAGCUGAAGUGUCUUAAAUUUAUAGUUCUGAAAUGGACUUAAAUUACUGACUUGUGAUGGAAAUAAUGGAGUCCUGUUGUUGAAAGUCAGUUAUUGAGAAGGGACAUAAUCUAAAGUAUUUUCUUUGUGCGUUUAGAACCCCUAAACAUAAGUAAAGUUAAGCAAUUAGUAUGAAACACUCUACGUCUUAGAGAAACUUUGCAUUAUUGUAGAGCACUGGACUUGGUUUUAGAAGAUCUGAGGUCUAGUCCAGGUUCUGUCCCUAACCAGCUGUGUGGCUUUGGAAAAGACAUUCAUUCUCCAGGCCUCUUUUUUUCUCAUUUGUAAAAUGAGGAGGUUGGAUUAGAUCUCUAAGGUCCCUUGCAACUCUGAAUUCUAUGACUUUAUAAGAUUAGCACUCUGAUAAUCCAAGACUCUGUUUUUGGAAACAAAAGUAAAGAAAAAAAAACCUGCUCAGAUACGAAAGAGUAUCACUCUUAACAGUUUGCAGUGUUUCCAUUCCUGCCUGUAGGAGCUGCUUAUGCCUUGGCUCAGUAUGGUCUUUGGCUUCUUCCAGUGAAGAAAUAAGCUAUUGAAAUAUAUUUUUGUUUUUCAGUAUGAAGCAGUGACCCUUGAUGUCCUUUUUUAAUCCAAAAUUGACUGUAUCUGAAUUACCAGGAUCUACAGUAAAAGCUGUCUAAGGCGUGGUGGUAGACAGGUCAGAAUUUUGAUAGAAUAACUCUCCUUAUUGUAGAGUUUAUUCAUUCUUUUCUACAGUGGAUCCAAUAAAAAAAAAUGCCAUUUCACCCUUGUUGCCUUUUCCCUGUUUCAUCCUGCCAUCUUCUGAAUUAGUUAAUGAUAUGGCGUCCAUUUGGGGUUAUCUUUUAAGUCUUUGUAGAGGAAAUAAUGGUUGAACUUAGGACAUUGGUGCCUAAGAAGUAGAUUGUUUGGGCUAUUAGUAUGUGUGAUUUUUUAACCAACAAAUCUUCCAACAUGGUGGUUGAAAUACCAUAGGUUAUGUAUGUUAUUUCAUUAAUAAUUAUUCACAUCUAUAUAGCACUUUAAGGUUUGCAAAGCACUUUCCUCAGAGCAGUAGGUAGGUAGUGCAAGUAUCCUCUUCCCCAUUUUACAUUUGGGGAAAUCAGCUCUAAGAAGUUUUAAGUGAGUUGCCCAUUCUCAAAUAGCUAGUAAGUGGCAGAACUUGAACCCAGGUCUCCUGACUCUUAAGUCUAGCACCCUUUCAACUAUGCCAUAGUAACCUCUUCAUUGGUUCAGCCGUAAGAUACUUUUGUGAAAACUCUUGCAUUCCUAACACCUGUAGUAUUUUAUGUGAGCCAGAACUCAGCAUAUGUACAGCUAUGGUGUUUGAGGUACUAUUAAAAGAAGUUUUAGUUAAAUAUCCUAGGAAUGACAAUGGGAAGAUGUUUUUAAGCCAAAGAAUGUCAUCACUGAGCAAUAAAAUAGUGGGAAUUUUCUGUCCCACGUUGAUGGCAUCAUUUAAAGUAAUUGUGUUUUUCAUUGAUUAAAUAUUGCUCUAAAGCUGUUAGAAUUGAAGGAUUCCAACUAAUUGCAAUGAAGGAUACUAAAAAGUAGCCUUUGCAAUAGGGCAGUGGCUCCUAGUAUUUUCACAUAUAAGCACCCUCUUUACAUCUAAAACUUUCAAAGUUUCCCCACGUGAUUGUAGUUGUCUUUUUACUACCUGUUGAUGGUGAAAAGGCAGAAUGGCAAAAAGCUACUGUGUAUUCAUAUGGCCUUUGAAUGAUUUUGUAUUUAAUAGUCACAAUAGCAAAAGAAAAUAUAUUUCAUUCCAAAAGUUAAAAAAAAUUCCAAUCAGACACGUGAUAUCAAAAAUAGUCACCUUAAAUAUUGUUCAUAUUGUGUACAUUGUUGAGAUCAUAAUGAUAAGGCUUUGUGCACAUAUGGAGUCAUAGAAACCUCUUAUGACAACUCAGUAUACCAUGGACCCCAAGGCUGUGAACCACUGUUGUAGAGAAAAGUAUCUAUUUCAAGAGGGGAUUUUAUAGUGGGGAAAUUCCCUAAAUCUUAGAUUUUAAAACUUUGCUUGCUUGCCUAUUCAGUCUUGUCGGUGCUCCAAACCAUUAAUGUUCUUCAAUUGCCCUGACAUGUCCAGAUUCCCUUCUCUUUCUGUUAGAUCCCACAAUGAAGCUGUAAUUCUGAAUUUCCUUUAGUUCUCAAAGAUGUCGUUGUAUUAUAAACAAAGAAUUGUGCCUGUGUUGCAGCUUGAAUAUUAGAUUGUAAGAAAAAAAGCUAUAUAUACAUAAAUUUGAACAGUCAAAAAGAGCAUUUAUUUUUUAAAAAAAACUAGAAAAGAUCAGUUAUUUCUGUACAUGGAAGUAUUUGUACCUAUAUGAGAAAUGCAUUUAAGAUAGACAGAUUGAUGAUAAACAAAAAUAUCUACCUAUGGCCUAUUUCAAACCAAUACAUAAAAUCAGAAUAUAUUUUUUUGUUAGCUGCAGGCUCUAGGGAUACGAUAAACUCAAGUCUUAUAAGUAGCUUAAAACUGCAAUGAAAAACCACAUGGUAUUUGGUCAGAAUCAAUUGCAUUGGGACCCUCCCCCGAAAAACAAAAAUAUGAAUGCCAAGUAACUGAAAAAGUAGAUUUCUGAAUUUGUUUCGGUAUGAAUACUUUGCAAGAUGGCUUGGUGUUUAGUAUAUAGGGAGCUGGCCUCAAGAGUCGAGAAGACCUGGGUUCAAGUUUUUUGUCUUGAAAAAUAUUGCCUAUGUUACUGGCCAAGCCACCACACAGACAACUCUCUAAGACUAGAUGUCACCAAGCAAUUACAGAUCUCCAGUGGUAGAGGGAGGUCCUGAUGCUAAUAAAAUCACAAAUUUGGACCAAAAAAGAAUGUAUUAGUUGGUCUUCGAUUUAUUGGGGUGUGUUUGUUUUUGAAGAAAAUUAUUAUUUUACUAUUUCUAGAAUUGUAUUUGUGGAAACUCCCCUAAAUAGGAAUAGUUGAUUGAUUGAUGAUAUUGAAAACAGUUUGGGUCAGAAAUUUUUUUUACCUUGUCAGACAAGGCUUCUUACUGCUUUUGUUUCUGAUAUCCAUCUCUCAGCUGACCUAAACUGUUACUUGUGAGUCUGGUUUUAAACCUUACUAGGAGACAUUUUCAUGGGUGACAGCCAUCAAAACUUAGUCAUGUCAGAGAAAAAUUUUAGAAAACUUAUCAGAAUACUCCUGGGGAAACUAGUGUGAAAUAAAGGAACUUCUAGAAGCUUUGUUACUAUUUCAUACAGCAGGAUAUUCCCCUUCCUAAAUUUGGGAGUUGUAAUCCAGGUCUAUAGGGGUUUGGUCUGAAAUAUAAGUGCUGGUGCUUGUGGACUAUUGGCUGAAUAACUAAAUAACCAAAGAUCCAUAUUAAUAUCCCUGAUAAUUUAGGGUAUAAUUCCUCUUUGCUUUUCACCUUGUCCUUAUGUCAGUAUUGGCAACAGAUCCAUAUAUUCCUAAAACACUUGUUCUCAAUAUGAAGACUUCAAAAAUGGGUCUUCAUUCAUUUGAGCCCCACUUGGUAUUAUAAAAACGCAGUACUUUAAAAGGAUGUUUAAACUUAAAGCAAUCUCAGUUCCAAGCAAUUAUUGAAUGUAGUGUCCAUUUCUAAACACUUUGGGUUCAUCACUGAAGGGAAAAUGUAAUAAAACAAAUGCAAGGUGGUAGUUUUUUCAAUGCUGUUUCUAUGUUUAAUGUUUCAGCAAAUUCCUAAUACAGUUCAAAAGCUCUUGGCAUUUAAGACUAUUUCAAAAUAGAAUUCAAUAUGUGUGUUAGUGAAGGUCAUUAACUUCGCGUUAUGAAUGUUGCAAUUGGAGUGUCUUUAAAUCUUAAUUUGCACUAAUCAUUUGUGUAGUUUUUUGGGGUUUUUUGAACUUUUAGGCUUGUCUGCAAAGUGUCCACAAUAUUGUGCACUUUUGUAAUUUCAUGUAACAAAAACCCCACUUUGUUCAACCAUUGAUUAAAUGGUCAACAUCC